AAUCCUCCAACCAUAAGAAAGAGAAUCUGUGAUUGUGUGUGGUCAUGGCGACGAACCUGGCCACGAACCUGCCGUGGCAACCUCUGCUGUCCUUAAAAUCGCAAAGACAAAGCCGAACGCACCAAAGGCUCGUGAUUCGUCGCUCGGCGGCGACCGUCAGGGCCUUCCGGCGCAGCGACUUCGAUGGCUUCGCUAAGCGCAUGGCCUCCGGCGAGGUCUGGAGGGACGCGUGGCGGGGCGCCAACGAAGGCUUCGAGCAGAUUGUCUACGAGACGAAGAAGACGGCGGAGCGAAUCGACCGCCGCUACUUCAUCUCCCGGCGGCUCUCGGCGGUGGCCCAAUCCGCAUCCUAUCGCGCCAGGGAGUUCGACCGCGAGUUCGAGAUUACUCAGCGCUGGCGAACUUUUUCCCUCGAUUUCAGUCGAAAUUGGCCUAGGUACAGGAAGCAGUUUAAUGACUUCUUGGACACCCCAUUAGGAAGAAGUUUUGCUACAAUAUUUUUCCUGUGGUUUGCUCUAUCUGGAUGGCUUUUUCGAUUCUUGAUAUUUGCAACAUGGGUACUCCCAUUUGCUGGUCCUCUUCUCAUUGGAACAGUAGCCAACAAUUUUGUGAUCAAGGGGGCUUGUCCGGCUUGCAAGAGACAGUUUGUGGGUUACAAGAACCAAGUAAUUCGCUGCACAAGCUGUGGAAAUAUUGUAUGGCAACCUCAAGGGGACUUCUUCUCAAAAGGUCGUGGAGGCAAUAAAUCAUCUUCUAAGUCUGAACCUGAAAUAAUUGACGUCGAGUUUGAGGAGAAAUAAACAGAAAGUCCAAAACUGGUGCCUUAUAAAGUGUCCCAUGCAGAUCCAGCAUUGCAGAGAGAGAGAAGAUAGAUGAUGAUGGAUUUUAUCGGGACUGCGUUCUCUUAGGAAUCAUUUAGUUGUGUUUACUUUGUAAUCUGUAUAAUAUCUUUUUGUUUACCAGACACUUGACAUAGGAUAACCACAGCUUUAUCAUCAGUCUGUCAUUUAUGGUAUUGUUUGUUUGUCCUUUCAAUGUAGGGAUGUAUUGAUGUGGAGUGUUUUCAGGAAGCCUGCUUUGUUUGUUACUUUUUGAAGACUUGAAGUGCGUUCAACUUCCACAGAAUAAAAACAGACAUGUAUACAAAGAAUCAUUUUCAUAUGCUA